AUGGACCCAUUUUUCUCGAGUGUACAAACGGGUUCAAUCCGUUUCCCUCGAGAAGUCACGGAUAUGGAUGGAAACGUACAUGACGUCGUGGAGUUAUCAAAAAAAUACGUGGUAGUCAUCAUUACUAUCAAAUCACCACAAUGUCCAGUAUGUCCACAGCUUCUCAAGAGACUGAAUUUUCUUGGAUUGCAUGACACACCGUCGUUCAAGUUUGAGGAUACUUUCAGUAAUACUGUUACGACAGUUCCGCGGAGAGAUAUCGAGUUAUAUCGCAUUCUACUGAGAUUGGACGUCUACUUUAUAAUAGUAUGCCCAGGUCCGGUCGAUGAAGUGCGACGUCUUCGCAAGAUAUGCGAUUUCGAAGCUUAUCCAUAUCCAUUUAUAGCCGAUGAAGAUAUGUCACUGGCUACUCAAACCGGUUUGCGAAUGUCAGAGACUGAAAUAGUUCCGGUUAUCGCGUAUAUAGAACAAGCAUCGCACACGAUCGGCCGGAUACGUCUCGGACGUAGUUGGGGACGUUACGGAGACGGCGAGCUGAUGACUUAUUUGAAAAAACAGAGAUUACUACUAGAGAACAAAGCGAGAAGGAUUGUAAAGGGAGCGGAGGAAGUUAUCGUAGCGCUGAAACGAGCUCGCGCAGCAGAGAAGAAUAGACGAAUGAUUAGGAAUGAGAAUACAAAUUCAGAAUCAAGUACGCAAGAAGCAAAACUAGUGUCCCAACAUCAAUCAAAUAUGCAACCCACACUACAUAACGCAGAAGAAUUCCAUGUCCGACCGGCAUCCUUGCCGACAGAACUCCUCUUUGCCGUUUUCGAUUUCCUGUCUGCGAGGGACAUUGUCAGAAUGGUUAUGGCUACUUGUCACCAAUGGAGGACAAUCGGGUUCGAAGCGAUAAUACAAAAUUUCCGUCAACUUACCAACGAAGUUUCCCAUGCAUUGUCGUACCAUGAACGUGGAACGGAAGUGCACGUGAGGAGUGCCAGAAAGACUACUGUGGAUGAGGGUACCGAAGGAAGCAAAAGUCCAGAUGAAAUUCUUAACGUUAGAGAGUUAGAUGGGGUGUUACUAGAGUUGUCGGAUCAUAUUGCUGGUGUCCGACCAUUAUAUAUAGUGGAUUGGGGAGGUGACGAUCUAAACGAAGAGUUAUACAUGACAUGA